AGUCAAAUCCCACCGACGAAGAAAUUCAUCAGAUCCAAAAAAUUUCACUUCUUUUCUCUGUACGGAAAUUUGCAUGAACUCCGGUUGGACUUCCGUAGAAUUCCCACUUUUUUCUUUCCUUUUUCCUUGCAUUAACCAACACCAUCGACGACGACGCCCACAAUUUCCAGGGAUUUGGAGGAAGCAUUAAGGCUUGAAAUUCAUAAUGUUUAGGUCAUCUCCUCGAAGGAGUCAGAGAUCCAAAGGCUUCAAGGUAAAGCAUGCUUUACAAAUCUUUCUUUUGCUUGGGGUUUGCGUCUGGCUCGUUUACCAAGUUCAGCAUUCUCGUGGUAAGAAAGCUACUUUCAAUGAGAGCACAAAACUUAAUGAUGUUGUGAAACUAGGGAGGAAAGACCUCCAUCCUCGAGUUGAUGAAAACAUCAUAACAGAUGAGGGCCACAAAGAAGAUGAAGAAGAAACUAGGAACGAACUAGAAAAGGGUAUGUCUGAAAGUGAUAAUGAAGAAAAGGGCGGUGGGAAUGAUGAGUUUCACGAUCAACAAGAAGUUCAGGAGGAAACUGAGAAUAAAAUUUUUGUUGUGGAUAUAGAGAAAGAGAGAGAGGAGAGCAAUGAGGUUAGCAAAGAGACUGAAAAUGAAGAGAACAAAGAAGUGGAAAACGAUAACAAAGGAAAUGAAGAGAUUAUUCAAAAGAGCCAGAGUGAAGAGAAUGAAGAGGGUAGAGGGGGAGGAAGUGAAGAGAAUGGAAACGAAGAAAGCAAAGGGCAGGAAAAUCAAGAAUUAAAUGGCAAUGAAGAAAGCAAAGAGCAGGAAACUCAAGAAGUGAAUGGCAACGAAGAAAGCAAAGAGCAGGAAAAUCAAGAUGUGAAUGGAAACGAAGAAAACAAAGGGCAGGAAAAUCAAGAAGUGAAUGGCAACGAAGAAAGCAAAGGGCAGGAAAAUCAAGAAGUGAAUGGCAACGAGAAAGCAAAGGCAGGAAAAUCAAGAAUGAAUGGCAACGAGAGAAAGCAAAGGCAGGAAAAUCAAGAUGAAGUGCAACGAGAAAGCCAAGGGCAGGAAAAUCAAGAAUUGAAUGGCACGGACGAGCAAAGCAAAAGGGCAGGAAAAUCAAGAAUGUAUGGCAACGAGGAAAGCAAAGGGCAGGAAAAUCAAGAAGUGAAUGGCAACGAAGAAAGCAAAGGGCAGGAAAAUCAAGAAGUGAAUGGCAACGAAGAAAGCAAAGGGCAGGAAAAUCAAGAAAUGAAUGGCAACGAAGAAAGCAAAGGGCAGGAAAAUCAAGAAUUGAAUGGAAACGAAGAAACUAAAAGACUGGAAAAUCAAGAACUGAAUGGCAACGAAGGAAGCACAGGACAGGAAAAUCAAGAAGGGAAUGGAAACAAAGGAAGCAAAGGACUGGAGAAUCAAGAAGUGAAUGAAAAUGAAGAAAGCAAAGGACAGAAAAAUCAAGAAGGGAAUGGAAAUGAAGAAAGCAAAGGGCAGGAGAAUCAAGGGAAUGGAAAUGAAGAAAGCAAAGCAAAGGAGAAUCAAGAAGAAAAUGAAGGUAAAGAUAAGGUAAAUGAGAUGUUGACUGAAGACAGAAAAGAAAAGGAAAAUGAGGAGAGAAGUCAGAGUAAAGAGAGUGGAACAGAAGAGAAGAAUGAAGAAAACAAAGAAAAGGAAAAUCAAGAAGAGAGGGGAAGUGAAGAGACGGAUAAAAAAGAUAGCAAUAAUGGAGGAGAAAGAGAGAAGGAGAAUGGUGACAAUGAGAAGGAAGAAACUAAGGAGAAGGACAGAGGGGAUGUUAAUGUAGUAGAAACCAAAGAGGACACCAGUGAGACCAGGGAAAGUUCCAAGGAUACAAUGGGAAACGACAGUAAUGAGAACAAGGAGGAGAAUAAUGAAAACAAGACAGUUAAGGAAGAACAAAAGGAAGGUAGUCUUAAGGGUGUAGUUUCAGCUGAAGAACAGGUUCAAGAUGGGAAUGACAGGAGUAAUAAUGAUGCAAGAGAAGACCAAUACAAAGGGGAUAAUGCUUCCAGUGCUGUACACGAAGAUCAAAAUACAGCCACUGGAAAUGGGCAGAAUGGUUUUGCAAAAUUAAAUGAGGUAGGGUCAGUUGAAAAUAAAGAAAACCAUGAGCUUCAGCAUGAGGAUGCAAGGACGAGUAGCGAAGCUGUUGAUUCUGAUAAAAAUGAGUCAGUCCAAAAUGAAAGUGAAGCUGAAAGAAAUGGAAACAACCAAUCUGAGGAACCAGACAAAGUGACUAAUAACAAUGAAGAGCAGCCAGUGUCCAAGGAGAAUGACCAGCACCAGGAUGAUUCAAUUGCUUCUAACGGGAAAACUUCUGAUACAAUUACAACAAAUGAAACUGCAGACAACAUCAAUCUUGAACGAGAUAACUCUACUUCAAAGAAUGUUGCACUUGAAGAAAAAAUUGAUUUCAAUUCAUCUCUCAGCAGUAAACAAAAAAAUUCAAGUCCAUCACAUUCAACUUCCACUGAGAAUACAGAUACUUCAAAUGAAGUAUCCAAAGAGUCAAAUACUUCUGAGCCUGAUGAAUCAGAUCGACAUGUGAGCCAUAAUGAAUAUGAAAAUGCUGGUCACAGUAACUCGAAUGACGAUUCUUCAGGUCAAAAGAAUGACCAUGAUAAUUCUUCAGAUAUGUCAAACUCCCAAGAGAAUGAUGCAUCCUCGAGCACUAUCGAAGGUGCUGGUGCUGGACAGAAUGACAAUGAGAACAUUGAUCAAAGCAACGGAAGCUAUAACGAUCACCUGAAAGAACAAUUUGAUUCCCACAAUGAGGAUGUCACAUUUUCUGAUACAAACAACAAUGAGGAUCAGGUUCAUACCGGUGAUUCUUCAGGAUCUUCUUUACCUCAGGAGGAGAAGGAUGCUCGCACAGAUUUGGAUACCUUACCCGAAAGCAGAAAGGAAGGGAGUAACAAGGAUGAAACAGCCACAGAGUGACAUCUUAUAUCCUCUUCAUAAGGAAUUUUCGUCGUUCUGUUUGUCUUUCCGUUUCAUAAGGUUCUUGAUUUUUUCUGAUUCAAUGCAGCAACACGUCCUUUAAGCAAAGAAAGAAAAAAAAAAUAUAUAUAUACUUGCAUAUGUAUCUUUCUUGUUUUUGCUGCUGGAAGAGUUUGGAAAGCUAGGAUGAUUUUUGAGCAUUGGAUGCUUCAGAUUAGUUCAUGGAGUGGUCUUGUGAGAGUCAAAUUUAGUAGAUACAUUUGUAAUCUUCUUUUUCCUUCCUUAAUGUUUGUUGGACAAUCUCAUGAUGCUGCUUGGUGGAACACCUCGGUAUCAGUAUUUUCCCUAUCAUAUGCAUGUCUAUAUUUAAUAGAAUGAUAUCUCAACUUCUUUUGUAUC